UAAAUGUUUGAGAAUUGUCACGGUUUUCACUUGAAUCUGCAUUGAGUCUGGUUUUCCCUCAUCCUUUGUUCUUUAUUGUUUAGUGAGAACUGUGUUUUUUUAUCCAUAUCUCAGCUUCCAGUCAAGAGACGGUUUACGCACAGGUGGGAAAUACCCGCUCUAUAGGACAGCCCCCUCCCUCAAUUCCUCAUCGGAAUAUGUGAGCAAGUGACAUUUUGCCGUUGCGGUUCGGGACAGCAGGCAACGCGUCUCUGCAAACAGGUGUGCAGCUGCUGCCUGAAUCAGUUUCCUACGCCUUUAAUCCAGUUUAAGGAAAGGCAGAAAUCAUCCCAUUUGCGGAACCAUCCUCCUCUACGCGGGACGGGCAGAGGAAGGGUACAUCUGCAUUUUAGUAGCCUAGCUAUUAUAGCCUAUUAUUUGAAGGGACAAACGUGUUACAAGAGCGAACGCUAUGGCAACAAAAAAAUCAUCAUGCACUGAUAUAACGAAAAGGAGCCAGAGUCCCGUCGUUUUAGAGGUUGAGAUGUUCCGUGAAUUUCAGGACUGGUGCCUCCGGACAUAUGGGGACUCGGGUAAAACAAAGACCGUCACCCGGCGAAAAUACAACAAAAUCAUGCAGACAUUGUUGCAAAACGAAGAGUCGGACAGCAUGUAUGUCGACAAUAGUCACAUCAAUGCUAAAUUCAAAUUCUGGGUGAAGUCGAAAGGGUUUCAGGUCGGGAGCAACAUCCUCGGGGAGCACAAGAAAGGAGCGUCAGGGAAGCCGGUCCUAUAUGUCCCGGUCAAGUCAACGUGUGCAGAUGCAGGCUCGGCCCAGGACAGCUUGUCCCUGAAGAGGGUGGCAGUGGUGGAGGACUUCUUCGACAUCAUCUAUGCCAUGCAUGUGGAGAUGGGUGCUGACCUUGGUAGAGCACCUAAACACGCUGGCCAGAAGAAGACCUACAAAGCGAUAGCGGAGACAUAUGCCUUCCUGCCCAGGGAGGCAGUGACACGCUUCCUAAUGAGCUGUGGAGAGUGUCAGAAAAGGAUGCACAUCAAUCCCAACACUGCAGAGUUUAAAGAAAAUGAUCGACCAGCAUCCCUGGUCCCGGACCUCAUUGACUACAACAUGCCCCUGACGGCCACCUACCUGAAACAGAUGAAACUACAGUGCAUGACUGCCAAUGAGCGGGAUGAAAGUUCGGUGAGCAGUGAGGACAUGGAUAUGGCUGAGCCCAUGUGGGUCUCUGCUGAGCGUCCCCCUGUCCCUGAGCUCAGUCCCCCCAAUGGAGGGAUGGUACACAGCCCACAAGCCGCAUUGAAAGAGGAAGACGAUGACGACUCUGAGAGUGCCAACGGACUGCCAUCCCUGACCCCCCUCGAGGCAAUGGUUGUGGGCAGUGUCCCUUCAGAUGGUGUGGCUCCAUACAGGGAGGUGACUGAGAACGGGGGGAGUGCUCCCCUGGACUUUAGCACCACCACCUCAUCCUCUUCCUCCUCAGAGGACCAGCAACCAGUCAAUCUGACUGACAGACUGCUGCCUGUGGGGAGCCCUGUUGGGACGCCCUACUCAGCUGACGCUACGAGGAAGUCCCCUGGGAAACCAGACUACGGCAACAGGUCUCCUCAGCACCGCCCCGGAAGCUAUGACUCAUUGAAGACAGAACUGAGCAUGAGUGCUGAGGACCUGACCUCUGGGCGUGCUCAGAUCAUCGAUGAUGAUGAUGACGAUCAUGACGACCACGAUGACAGUGACAAGAUCACUGAUGCUGAGGGAAUGGACCCAGAGAGGCUGAAAGCAUUUAAUAUGUUUGUUCGUCUGUUUGUGGAUGAGAACCUGGACCGCAUGGUGCCCAUCUCCAAGCAGCCCAAGGAGAAGAUCCAGGCCAUCAUCGAGUCAUGCAGCCGACAGUUCCCUGAGUUCCAGGAGCGCUCCCGUAAGCGCAUCCGCACCUACCUCAAGUCCUGCCGCCGUAUGAAGAAGGUUGGUUUUGAGACACGGCCCACACCCCCACACCUCACCUCUGCCAUGGCAGAGAACAUUCUCGCUGCUGCUUGUGAAAGUGAGACACGCAACGCUGCCAAGAGGAUGCGACUAGAUGUCUAUCAAGGCCCUGAGGAACCUGCUACUGCUGAUAAGAACGGCUCCAGGGACCCGGCCUCAGUUGCCUCCUCAGGCUUCUCCCUGGCUGCCUCAGCCUACUCCCAGUCCCAGGACCCAGUAUACACCAACGGCACCAACAGGGGCCUCAACUACAGCUUCCGCAGUUACGGAGCAAUGAGCAACAACCUGCCAACCACCGGUGCCACCACCACACAGACCAAUGGUCCCACUGAUCUCAGUAUGAAGUCUGUGGCUCCUACAUCCUCUUCCUCCAGUUCUAACAGUCACAGUGGUCAGGGUGGAGGUGGGGGAGGUGCCUCGGCUCAGCUCAGCCCCCCUGAGGUCACAGCGGUGAGGCAGCUCAUCGCCGGGUACCGAGAGUCUGCCGCCUUCCUGCUCCGAUCUGCAGACGAGCUGGAGAACCUGAUCCUGCAGCAGAACUGAACCAUAAACAGGCCAGACCGGGCGAACUAUGCCGUGCCAAGACCCGUCUCCCCAGGCUGUCUGUCUGUACUAUCACCCUCAGUCAAACACAUUCAGACAGACAGACACUUAAUUAAGAGUUUAACUGAGUAAAGUGUCAAAGUAAAGACUAGAGGAGUAAAGGAGUAAAACUGCAUCGCACAAUUGGGCCAUACAGAUAAUAGAUACUGUAUAUGGUCACAGGAAUGCAAAGAAUUUACACAAAUAUAAAAUCCAUACAUUCAAACUAAUCUUAGUGCCCAGUUAGCUUUUUACAUUCCCAUAACAAACCUACUCCUCACCCACUUCAUUCAUACCCCAGAAACACUGCAAAGUCACCUCCUUCCAUGGAUUUUCUUUCUAAACUGAGGAGGUAUUUGUCAAACAUGAAGUAUUGCUUCAUAUUUGGCAUUAUGACACUGCUCUGUUAACCUCAACAGUAGUUUUUAAAGUUUGAAGGUUUAGGUAUGCAAAGUGUGAUCAUAGAAAAGGGGGAUGUUAAAGCUGAAGGGUAAAGUACUGUAAUGUGUCCAAACCUACAGGCUUUGGAUUGUAGGCAAAAGGUUAAUGCUUCUGGGGAAAGUGUGUAACAGGGUGCAAUAUGGAAGAUUAUCAGUAAAUGCAAGCCAAUUUCCACAUACUCAGUCUUUUUGUGGGACUUUGUGCAAAGGGAGGUCUUCUUAGUGUACCUCUACCUCCUCCUCAUGCUUUUAGUCUCAGCAUGAUGAGCUAGCCUGUAAAACAUUCCCCAGAGAUAGCAGAUAUACCACAAACAUCCCAUAAUAUUUUGUAAUGCUCCGCUGGGAGCAGUAACGUAAUUUGCCAAUCAGGAAUGCUGUGUAAAAAGAAAGUAUGUCUCAUGGCAGCACUGUAGCUUCAUUGUUGUCUGUUCUGAAAGAUGCUCUUCUUUAUCUGGAACCUCAUAACUGAGGCCUUUCAUUGACUGGCACCAAUCAGACAGAUGUGAAUAGGACAGAACCUGAUAUACAAUGAUAGUAGACUUGAGUUCAAUGAACCUUUGUUCAGUAAUUUGAGUUUAUUUCAGAGACUAACAGUUUGGGGUGGUUUAAGUCAGUCAGAUAUGAACAGCAUAUGGUUGUGUCAUAAACUUUGUCUCGUGAACGUCACAUGGUCGUCUCAUGGAAAUGUAUGGUGAAUGCAUUGUGCUACUUGUAACGGCUGUUGGUCUGCUAAAGCGAAAGAUUUCCCUCAAAAUCCCACCAUAUUCUCUCCACCUCAACUCCUUUUUCUUACCGGUCUUUGCAUUUCUCAUUAGCAGAAAUUAUGAUAUAAAACACACAGUUUAAAAAAGAAGCAAAAGACAAUCUUGAUCAUGUGUGAUGGCAUCACAGUUUACUCAACAGUUCCUUGCUAUGGUGUGUGUACUGUAUGUGAGAGCAGCACAGAGUACUGUAGCCGUAACAUCCUCUCUAUCAACAUACUUUGACAGGCCAGUCAUUUGAGCACUUUGUCCUAAGUGGUCGUUUUAUUGUUGGUAAACGUUGGCAUUAUUUUGGUUUGUUGUGUAAGUGAAGUGGAGUUGCCCUUUCAAAGCUCUUUAGUAAAAAAAAAAUGCUCUGUACACUUAAAUUAUUUUAAGUAGUCAACCUGGUCAGCACCUUAAACAGUGCAUUAGGAAAGUAUUUGGACACCUUGACUUUUCCACAUUUUGUUAUGUUACAGCCUUAUUCUAAGAUUGAUUACAUCGUUUUUCCCCCUCAUCAAUCUACACUCAAUACCUCAUAAUAGCAAAGUAAAAAACAUGUAAUUUAUUACAUAUUAAAAACUGAAAUAUACAUUUACAUAAGUAUUCAGACCCUUUACUCUACUUUGUACUUUGUACAAAGUACUUUGUUGAAGUACCUUUGGCAGCGAUUACAGCCUCAAGUCUUCUUGGGUAUGACGCUGCAAGCUUGGCACACCUGUAUUUGGGGAGUUCCUCCCAUUAUUUUCUGCAGAUCCUCUCAAGCUCUGUCAGGUUGGAUGGGGAGCGUCGCUGUACAGUUUUUUUCAGGUCUCUCCAGAGAUGUUCAAUCGGGUUCUAGUCCGGGCUCUGGCUAGGCCCCUCAAGGACAUUCAGAGACUUGUCUCGAAGCCACGACUGUGUUGUCUUGGCUGUGUGCUGAAGGUCGUUGUUCUGUUGGAAGGUGAAACGUCGCCCCAGUCUGAGGACCUGAGCAUUCUAGAGCAGGUUUUCAUCAAGGAUCUCUGUGUAUUUUUCUUUAUUUUUCUCUGUUUAUCUUUCCUUCGAUCCGGACUCGUCUCCCAGUCCCUACCGCUGAAAAACAUCCCCUCAGCAUGAUGCUGCCACCACCAUGCUUCACCGGAGGGAUUGUGCCAGGUUUCAUCCAGAUGUGAUGCUUGGAAUACAGGCCAAAGAGUUAACUCUAGGUUUCAUCAGACCAGAGAAUCUUGUUUCUAAUGGUCAGAGUCCUUUAGGUGCCUUUUGGCAAACUCCAAGUGGGCUGUCAUGUUCCUUUUAUUGAUGAGUGGUUACCAUAAAGGCUUGAUUGGUGGAGUGUUGCAGAGAUGGCUAUCCUUCUGGAAGGUUCUCCCAUCUCCACAGAGGAACUCUGGAGCUCUGUCAGAGUGAUCGAGUUCUUGGUCACCUACCUGACCAAGGCCUUUCUCCUCCGAUUGCUCAGUUUGGCCGGGCGGCCAGCUUUAGGAAGAGUCUUGAUGGUUUCAAACUUCUUCCAUUUAAGAAUGAUGGAGGCCACUGUGUUCUUGGGGACCUUCAAUGCUGUAGAGAUUUUUUGGUACCCAUCCCCAGAUCUGUGCCUCGACACAUGCACUGUCAACUGUGGGACCUUAUAUAGACAGGUGUGUGCCUUUCCAAAUCAUGUCCAAUCAAUUGAAUUUACCACAGGUGGACUCCAAUCAAUCUCAAGGAUGAUCAAUGGAAACAGGAUGCACCUGAGCUCAAUUUCUAGUCUCAUAGCAUAGGGUCUGAAUACUUAUGUGAAUAAGGUGUUUCUGUUUUGUUUUUUUAUGUGCUAAAAUGUCAAAAUACCUGUUUUUGCUUUGUCGUUAUUUAGUAUUAUGUGUAGACUGAUGAGGAACAUGUUUUAUUUCAUCCAUUUUAGAAUAAGGCUGUAACGUAGCAAAAUGUGGAGAAAGGGUCUGAAUACUUUCCGAAUGUACUGUAGAUUUGUCAGAUAAUUCAUAUAAGAGAGGAAUAUAUUUCAGUGUAAUUUAUAAUAAAUGAUGUCAGCACCACAUAUAUCUUCUACAUUGCUGUGACGAUGAUCAUUCCAAGAACAGGACAGUCUAAAAUGACAUGCACAAAAUAAUCUGUAAUUUAUUUAUUGUCACCAUCCAUGACAUAAUUUGACUUCUUUAUUAUAUUUGAAAUGUAUAAUCUAUUGCAAGUUUGGAAGCACUUUACAGCUCAGGAUAAAAUAACACGGUAUAUAUUUGUAACCGGACAUUGUUACAGAACAAUCAUACUUGAUUCACAUGGUCAAUUUACACAUUUAAGAUACACAUGCCUGACAAUGGGUUGAUAAUGGGGGUCUAUGAUGAGAGCUGAUAUGAGUGUGUGUUUUACUUUUUAGUUUGGAUGUCUGUAUUGAUUUAAAUGUAGAUGAUUUUUGUCCACUAAACUGAUCAUCUUAUGGAUAACAUAUUGUGGAAAUCAUUAUUAAAAUGCACAAUAUUGGGUUUUAAAGUACAUGGCAAGAAUCAGCCAAUCUCACAGUCUUAACUAAAUCACUUCAAUCUGAAUUUUUACUAGCAACACAAGAGAAGUGGUGUUUUAAAAGAUAAUUAUAUUUUGCACGCAUCAGUCUUCAGAAAUGUUAUUUUAGCGAGACUAGUCAGGCUUUAGAAACUGUUAUUUUAGCGAGACUAGUCAGGCUUUAGAAACUGUUAUUUUGAGCUCAGGUGUGUGUACACAUUUGAAUGCAGGUUAAAAAAUAUAUUUGAAUAGACUCAUUUGGAUGAAUCAACUUGAUAGCACCUUUUUUCAAAGAGUAGGUAUAGCUAUCUAGAACAUACUGUACGAGAAUCCUUUAAAUAAUAAUUUGUGGUUCCAGGGUAGAACCCUAUUGGGUUCUAUGUAGAACCUUUUCCCCAGAGGGUUCUACAUGGAACCCCAAAAAGUUCUACCUGGAAUCAAAAAGGUUUCUCCUAUGGGGACAGCCAAAUAACCAUUUUGGAACCCUUUUUUCUAAGAGUGUACCCACUGGGGCACACACUGGCUGAAUCAAUGUUGUUUCCAUGUCAUUUCUAGGAAAUUACGUUGAACCGACGUGGAAUAGAUGUUGAAUUGACUGUGCCCAGUGGGUAGAGUUCUGUCCUGAUACACUCAAAUGUCUUCCAUGUCUCCUUCACCUUGCCCCUAUUUUACUUUUGGCCAGCCAUAAGCUCCAACAGCCAUCAGUAAACUGCCAUCGUCACUUAAAUUGACAUUUUAGUCAUUUAGCAGACGCUCUUAUCCAGAACGACUUACAAUUAGUGCAUUCAUCUUAAGAUGGCUAGGUUAGACAACAACAUAUCACAAUGCAGAUACACAUUAUGUUAUUGAUGCCGGGUUGAUCUAAAUUCACGUUUCUAACUAACGCAUCACUUUUCUUUGUGUGUCCAGAAAAGGGUCUCUUCUUAAUGUGUCUUAAGACUACGAGCUACAUUUUCAUGUGUGUGCUGCAGUUACUGUGAUCAAUGAAACACAACCAUUUGUAGACAUAUUUUGUUCCAGUGGAUUUCUCGUUGCAUUGGCAGGACAAUUUAAUGUAUAGAUGUUUUAUAAAAAUGUAGCGUAAAAGCCCUAGUAACUUGUGGAUUGCUGAUGUGGUCAGAUAUAUGUAUAGCUGUACAAAAGGUUGUAAAAGAAACAUUUUAAACCUAAAUCAUUUUUCUGUGGUGCACAGCACGGUUCCAGAAAAUGUAUGUGGUUUCAUGUUCAACCCUUGCCUGUUUUAACAGUUGGUGGUGCUCUGUAAAACUUCUAUUGUUCUUGAUAUGAUUUUAUUUGUUACUUCUCCUGCAUUAGCCAGAGACUGUAGUUCUGUGCAGGGGGUUGUAAUGUACUGUAUACCAAUGUGAAGCUUUGUAUUUUUUCUUUCAGUUUUUUUGGACUCAGUGAAAGUGUGAUGUUUACAUGUACAGAUUUUUCCAAAUACUUUACAUUUUUGUCCAUGAUAUUUUCUCACCUACCCUUCCUGUUUAAAUUUGCUCAGACAUUUAUUUAGUGCAUUAUAUCAAAUGCAGACAGAUGUGACUGCUUUGAAAGGUGGUCAGAUGACAUUCACAUGGUCGAAGUGAGGCUAGACUAAGACAACCGGGUUGGGGUUGGUAUCUGGUGAUGGCUGAUAGCAUCAGACUCUUCAGGGAUUGAGGAGUGAGAGUGAGCGUCAUGCCAGUUCAAAGUGCACCAUGAAUAGCCUACCUCUGUCUGAGAUUUAUCAGUAGCAUAAUGAUACACAGAUUCCUAUUGAACGAUUGCAGAUAACCCAGCCACCUUUUCCCUUCUGAAUAGCCGUGUUUUAACAAGCUCCUGGCGGGUGGAGUCAAAUGGAUUCAUUAGCAUGUAACUCAGUCACUGAGCAACAUAAUAUAAUGGUAGGAGGAUCACAGUAGUUAAAACGCAAUGGUAGCCACUCAUUCUAUGAUGGUUCUAUUGUGAUCACAUUCCCUGGUUGUUAUAGGGUACACUUUGACCUCUCGUAACAGCUCCUCAAUGAUGUGAUGUAAAAGCCAUUCCCCUCUCCUGGUCCUCAAGGGGGAACACAAGAACCUCAGGAAACGCUGAAUCUCUGAGUUUAUUUUUGUUCCAUUAUGAUAUUUAAUGAUGACAGUAAAGUCUCUCUACCUGUUACCAUAACAUUUAUAUGAAACGUUUAUCAUUGUUUUGUACAUUUAUCAUUGUGAUUUAAAAGUGGAGCUUUUUCCAGUACAUGUGACUGAAUAUUUAGAUUUUUUUGGAAAAGUGUUUAUAGGUAUAAAUAUUAAUUAAUAUAUGUGAAGCGACUAAAAAGACAAAAGAAAAUGUUUUCAUCUGUUUGUUUCAUGCAAAGCCGCCCAGGCGGGAUUUUCUCUGCCUCUUACAUAUCACUAAUGAUGAGGGACUUGUUCUUGUUUUGAAAUAGCGCUUUUUCAGUGUAACAUCAACGCUACGGUAAAAAAUGUUGGUUACCAACAGCAGGAUUGCAAGCUUCUCUUCAGAGAGGUCAGUAACUGAAUAAAACCGAAACUUGGCUA